AUGGGUUUGGCUACAUGUUAUCCGUGUUCGAAAUAUCUCCUUUUAGUUCUAAAUAUUAUCUUUUGGUUAAGUGGUGCUGCUCUUAUCGUUCUUGGUGUUUUGUUCGCUCUACGUUCUGAAGUCCAACCAGUUAUUCAUCUAUUCAAUCUCAAUUCGUUCCCGCUAUCAUCGUUUGAAAUUGCAGCAUUUUGUGUCAUUAUUUUUGGUAUCAUCAUCUUUUUCAUUGGACUCUUCGGAUUAUGUGGUGCCUUACGCGAUUCGCGUACUUGUCUCAUAUUUUAUAUCGUUUUAAUCACGACUAUACUUUUGGCUGAAUUAGCUUUAUUUACAUAUCUCGCUAUCGAACAUGAACAAUGGCACACGUUGAUAAAACAACGUCUUACUUCGCAAAUGAAAAACUAUAAUCACUUACAAGCGAGUCAAUACGAACGAGCUGUAGACUAUGUUCAAAACAAGUAUCAUUGUUGUGGAAUCGAAUCAGCACAUGAUUACAGCAAUUCACGUGUGCCAGCGUCUUGUUGUUCUCUGACGGAUGCAACAGCAUCUUGUACGGUUGAGCAAGUCGGUGCAAGUGGAACCCCCGGAUGUUAUCGUGUGUUGACGGAAGGAACCAUUUAUUGGGGAAAAUUUUUUGUCAUUUUCGAACUAAGUUUAUGUAUUCUCGCGCUACUUGGAAUCUUUCUUGCUAUUUGUGUUUGUCAAAAUGCAAUGAUUUACGAAGGAUAUUUUCCUGCACCUUAUCAUGUUUGA